AGGAGCCGGUUCUCACUCAACUUCCAUUAAGCACUCGGGGCAGAAGUUACGCGCAGGCGGCAGGAGGGAGACGGACAUCGAGGCCUGCGCGCGGGCGUGCGGGAGCCGGGCACGGAGAAUCGGGCUGAGAGCGAGGAGCGCGGCAUGGAGCGUCUGGCACCCCGCGCCUGCCUCGUCCUCCUGUGGGGCUGCCUGCUGGCCGCGGCUGCCGCGGCGCAGGGCAAGGAAGUCGUCCUGUUGGACUUUGCUGCAGCUAAAGGGGAACUCGGCUGGCUCACACACCCAUAUGGCAAAGGGUGGGACCUCAUGCAGAACAUCAUGGACGACAUGCCCAUCUACAUGUACUCCGUGUGCAACGUGGUGGCCGGCGACCAGGACAACUGGCUCCGUACCAACUGGGUAUACCGCGGUGAGGCUGAGCGCAUCUUCAUCGAGCUCAAGUUCACCGUGCGUGACUGCAAUAGCUUCCCUGGGGGCGCCAGCUCCUGCAAGGAAACCUUCAACCUCUACUACGCCGAGUCUGACGUGGACUAUGGCACCAACUUCCAGAAGCGCCAGUUCACCAAGAUUGACACUAUCGCGCCCGACGAGAUCACGGUCAGCAGCGACUUCGAAGCACGCCACGUGAAGCUGAACGUGGAGGAACGCUCCGUGGGGCCGCUCAGCCGCAAGGGCUUCUACCUGGCCUUUCAGGACAUUGGUGCCUGCGUGGCGCUGCUCUCUGUCCGCGUCUACUACAAGAAGUGUCCCGAGAAGCUGCAGGGCUUGGCCCACUUCCCCGAGACCAUCGCGGGCUCCGACGCGCCCUCCCUGGCCACCGUGCCUGGCACCUGCAUGGACCACGCUGUAGUGCCGCCCGGGGGUGAAGAACCCCGCAUGCACUGUGCAGUGGAUGGCGAAUGGCUGGUGCCCAUCGGCGAGUGCCUGUGCCAAGCAGGCUACGAGAAGGUGGAGGAUGCCUGCCAGGCCUGCUCGCCGGGGUUCUUCAAGUCCGAGGCAUCCGAGAGCCCCUGUCUGGAGUGCCCCCAACACACCCUGCCAUCCUCCGAGGGGGCCACCGCCUGCGAGUGUGAGGAAGGCUACUUCCGGGCCCCGCAGGACCCACUGUCACUGCCCUGCACACGCCCGCCCUCCGCCCCGCACUACCUCACGGCUGUGGGCAUGGGCGCCAAAGUGGAGCUGCGCUGGACGCCCCCCCAGGACAACGGGGGCCGCGAGGACAUCACCUACAGUGUCACCUGCGAGCAGUGCUGGCCCGAGUCAGGCGAGUGCGGGCCCUGCGAGGCCAGCGUGAGCUACUCGGAGCCACCGCACGGGCUGACCCGCACCAGCGUGACAGUCAGUGACCUGGAGCCCCACAUGAACUACACCUUUGCCGUAGAGGCCCGCAACGGCGUCUCGGACCUGGUGACCAGCCGUAGCUUCCUCACUGCCAGCGUCAGCAUCAACCAGACAGAGCCCCCCAAGGUGAAGCUGGAGGACCGCAGCACCACCUCGCUGAGCGUCUCUUGGAGCAUCCCUCCACCACAGCAGAGCCGCGUGUGGAAGUACGAGGUCACCUACCGCAAGAAGGGGGACUCCAACAGCUACAACGUGCGCCGCACUGAAGGCUUCUCCGUGACCCUGGAUGACCUGGCUCCGGACACCAUCUACCUGGUCCAGGUGCAGGCGCUGACGCAGGAGGGCCAGGGUGCUGGCAGCAAGGUGCACGAGUUCCAGACGCUGUCCACGGAAGGAUCUAGCAACAUGGCAGUGAUUGGUGGCGUGGCCGUUGGUGUGGUCUUGCUUCUGGUGCUGGCAGGAAUUGGCUUCUUCAUCCACCGCAGGAGGAAGAGCCUGCGGACGCGCCAGUCCUCGGAAGACGUUUACUUUUCCAAGUCAGAACAACUGAAACCCCUGAAGACAUACGUGGACCCACACACAUACGAGGACCCCAACCAGGCUGUGCUCAAGUUCACCACCGAGAUCCAUCCGUCCUGUGUCACACGGCAGAAGGUGAUCGGAGCAGGAGAGUUUGGGGAGGUGUACAAGGGCACGCUGAAGAUGUCGGGCAAGAAGGAGGUACCCGUGGCCAUCAAGACGCUGAAAGCCGGCUACACAGAGAAGCAGCGGGUGGACUUUCUCAGCGAGGCCAGCAUCAUGGGCCAGUUCAGCCACCACAACAUCAUCCGCCUGGAGGGCGUUGUCUCCAAGUGUGAGGCCCGGCUCCAGAGUGGGGUGUGGGGGACCCACGCGGGGAAAGGGGGGGACUGCCCCCCGGGGCCUCUGAUAGAGCCUCUGUUCAUAGAUGUGCCCACCCCAGCCCCGCCUGUGCCUCUUCCCUCCACCCAUGGCCAUCCCCUCACACCUGUGCUCACCCCUGCAGACAAGCCCAUGAUGAUCAUCACCGAAUACAUGGAGAAUGGGGCUCUGGACAAGUUCCUUCGGGAGAAGGAUGGCGAGUUCAGCGUGCUGCAGCUGGUGGGCAUGCUGCGGGGCAUCGCGGCCGGCAUGAAGUACCUGGCCAACAUGAACUACGUCCACCGCGACCUGGCUGCCCGCAACAUCCUCGUCAACUGCAACCUGGUCUGCAAGGUGUCUGACUUCGGCCUGUCCCGUGUGCUGGAGGACGACCCCGAGGCCACCUACACCACCAGUGGUGGCAAGAUCCCGAUCCGCUGGACGGCUCCAGAGGCCAUCUCCUACCGCAAGUUCACCUCUGCCAGCGACGUGUGGAGCUAUGGCAUCGUCAUGUGGGAGGUGAUGACCUACGGCGAGCGGCCCUACUGGGAGCUGUCGAACCACGAGGUGAUGAAGGCCAUUAAUGAUGGCUUCCGGCUUCCCACACCCAUGGACUGCCCCUCCGCCAUCUACCAGCUCAUGAUGCAGUGCUGGCAGCAGGAGCGCGCCCGCCGCCCCAAGUUCGCCGACAUUGUCAGCAUCCUGGACAAGCUCAUCCGAGCCCCCGAAUCCCUCAAGACCCUGGCUGACUUUGACCCCCGGGUGUCCAUCCGGCUGCCCAGCACCAGCGGCUCAGAGGGUGUGCCCUUCCGCACGGUGUCCGAGUGGCUGGAAUCCAUCAAGAUGCAGCAGUACACUGAGCACUUCCUGGCGGCCGGCUACACGGCCAUCGAGAAGGUGGUGCAGAUGACCAACGACGACAUCAAGAGGAUCGGGGUGCGGCUGCCCGGCCACCAGAAGCGCAUUGCCUACAGCCUGCUGGGCCUCAAGGACCAGGUGAACACAGUGGGGAUCCCCAUCUGAGCCCUGACAGACCUCGUGACCCCCUCAGCUAAGAAUACUUGAAGAAACAGACUGGCUUCCCUGCCAGCUCCGUGCUGGGCCACUAGGGACCUUAUUUAUUUCUAGUCUUUCUUUAUUGAUGCCACCCUGAGGGCUCUGCUGGGGGGUCUUGGACGAUACCUUGGCCUGAGCUGAGGAGAUGCUCAGGGACCUUGGGCAGGGGGGCCUCUUCACCUACAAAGGACAGACAGCCAAGCACUUAGCAGUCACCAUCGUGUUCCCAGCAUCCCCUGGGGCAGGAGCCCCGCCAAGGCCUUUGGACACACACGUGGGACAUUGCUAAACUGACCUCCCCUUCGCCGUCUCAGGAGGUGGGGCGGUCAGCCUGCAGCGGGCACAGGAGCAGGGUACCUCACGAGAAGAGGACAAACAGCAAAGUCCGCUGGGCAAGACCCACAGUGGUUCUCCCGUCCCUCUAGUGCCUUCCUCAGCCCCCCAGGCCCCAUCCUCAGCCCCCACGGGCCAAACUCUUGCUUCCUCGGGGCCCUCACAGGAUGCUUGGUUGUGUGGAGGGUUUUUUUUUUUUUUUAAAUAUAUAUUUUGUACUUUGUGGAGAGAAUGUGUGUGUGACGGAGGCCCGGCUAGGACUGGGGACAGACAACGGCCUGUGUCAGACAUUCCCAGGCUGGGGGCUGGCCCAUCCGGCCUCUCACCCCUUUAGACAACAUUUUCUACUCUGUCAGUAUUAAUGAUUUUGUUCUGUUGGGUAUUUUUUUUCGAACCUUAAUUUAUUAUUAUUUUUUUUAUAUUUAUUGUUAGGAAAUGACUUAUUUCUGCUCUGAAAUAAAGUUGCAGAUUGUUCAAACA